CUCUGCUGCUGGUCGCGUCUAGUUGUUUACGUUUUUUGUAUUUUGUUUAAAUAAUAGAAGAAAAGGAAGUUAAAAUGCCGUCGUUUGCGAAGGUUAUUGUGUUGCUAGCCUCUCUGGUCACAUUCGGUUACACGUUUUACGUGGUCAGAAAAUUAACGAUUUUUCUUUCUGAACCGCGUUCUAUUUCAAAUGCGCAAACUUGGAUCUUUAAUUUAUUGGACAACAAGUCGCGAUUGGAAACCGCCUAUGGGCCAGUUGUAAUGGACACCCUCUAUGUGAUUGGAUUUAUAUUUCAGCACAGCUUCCUCAAGUCAGCAUUCGUAAAGAAUCUGCUGCGUAAAUUGCAUUUGGCUUCCGCGGAGCGAACUAUUUAUACUCUGACAUCAUCGCUUUGUUUACAUUAUCUGGUACAAAACUGGCUGCCAGCUCAAUCGAUUGUGCUCUGGCAGAUCAAUGUGGAUGAGAGCGCACCGCUCUGGUGGACUUUUGUGAUAACUCAUGCAGUAUGCUGGACAGUCAUUUACGGUGGCAGCUUCAUAAUGGAUCCGGUGGAAUUGCUGGGCGUCAAGCAGACCUACUAUGAUAUACAUAACUACUCGGAGCCCUUAGCGUACAAGUCGCUUGAGUUGCGUAAUCUUUAUUCACAUGUGCGUCAUCCAUCCUUCGUUGGAUUCACGCUAAUUCUGUUUGUCACCAAUGUAAUGAGCCUUGAUCGGCUGCUUCUCGCUGUCCUGCUUACUACGUACAUGUACGUAGCUUGGUCUACGGACGAGACUGAUGUCGCCUACCAGCAGAAGCAACUGCAGCGCAAAAAACUCGGCUUGAAGGCUCAAUAAGGGCGUCAUGCACUUGAUCUUGAACAACAACUCCCUCCUAGUUAAGUAUUUAACUAUAACAACAUACUUUUUCUAAUCUCGUACCUAAUAAACUACUAACUCAUUUAAAUCACUGAUGAAGCAAAUGUGCCUCAUCGAUCCUUUGAUGGAAUCACUCCAACUAAUGUGCCUUAAUAGGCCUCUGCUCGCUGUGUUUCUUACUACGUACAAGUAUCUGUAGUAUAAACAGUUGCAGAGCAUUAAGUACAAAUUGAAAGUCAUCAUCUUGGACUUAAGCAAUAACUCUCUCUUAGUUAAGAAUAUACUUAUAACAACGUACGUUUAUUUUCUCGUAACCUAAUGUAACUAAUAAAGUUUUAGCUCAUUCGCACCACCGACGGAUCAAA